UCGGAUUUUUCUUCAGACAUCGCCAUUAGCGAGAGUGAUGAUAAUUGCGAUUUGCCAAACAAAAGUCUACAGAAAAUUAAUCGAAAAGACAAAAGCUUUUCACUUUCUCUUUCAGCUCUCUCUGUUUUGUUCUCUUGGUUGUAUCUCCCUGAGUGAAUCUUUUGAGCAUCGAUUUUUUUCUUCUUUUUUUUUUGGGUGAAUUUUGGGAUUUUUCUUCUCCGGUACGAGGUUUUGGUUUCAUAUUCUUUCCUUUUGCCGUUGCCUAAAUCGGCCUUAUUCAUGGGAUUUGAGAAAAUUGGUCAUUAAUCGUUCUGGGAAACUGAGCAGAUGGAACAAGCCCAGUUUAUGAGAUGAGAUGUUCAACUUCCAGAAGAUGGCUAUGGUUUUAAUUGUGUUGAUAUUUGCCUGUUUAUUGUCAUUUGUGUCACCAGAUGCUCAAGGGGAUGCGCUGUAUGCGUUGAGGAUAUCGUUACGUGCAUUGCCCAAUCAGCUAAGUGACUGGAACCAGAAUCAAGUGAAUCCUUGCACUUGGUCCCAAGUUAUUUGUGAUGACAAAAACUUUGUCACUUCUCUUACCUUAUCAGACAUGAACUUCUCGGGAACCUUAUCUUCACGAAUAGGAAUCCUUGAAACUCUCAAGACUCUUACGUUGAAGGGGAAUGGAAUCACGGGUGGAAUACCACCAGACUUUGGAAAUCUGACUAGCUUGACCAGUUUAGAUUUGGAGGACAAUCAGCUAAGUGGUAGUAUACCAUCCACUCUUGGUAAUCUCAAGAAACUUCAGUUCCUGACCUUGAGUAGGAACAAACUUAAUGGGACUAUCCCGGAGUCACUCACAGGUCUUCCAAACCUGAUAAAUCUUUUGCUUGAUUCCAAUAAUCUCAGUGGCCAGAUUCCUCAAAGUCUAUUUGAGAUCCCGAAAUACAAUUUCACGGCAAACAACUUAAGCUGUGGUGGUGGUCAACCUCACCCUUGUGUAUCUGAGGUCGCUCACUCAGGUGAUUCAAGAAAGCCAAAAACUGGCAUUAUUGCUGGAGUUGUUGCCGGAGUUACAGUUAUCCUCUUUGGAAUCUUGUUGUUUCUGUUCUGCAAGGAUAGGCAUAAAGGAUAUAAACGUGAUGUGUUCGUGGAUGUUGCAGGUGAAGUGGACAGGAGAAUAGCAUUUGGGCAGCUGAAAAGAUUUGCAUGGAGAGAGCUCCAAUUGGCUACAGAUAACUUCAGUGAAAAGAAUGUGCUCGGUCAAGGAGGCUUUGGGAAAGUUUACAAAGGAGUGCUUCCUGAUAACACCAAAGUCGCUGUCAAGAGAUUGACAGAUUUCGAAAGUCCUGGUGGAGAUGCAGCUUUCCAGAGAGAAGUCGAGAUGAUAAGUGUAGCUGUUCACAGGAAUCUACUGCGUCUUAUCGGCUUCUGCACAACUCAAACAGAACGCCUCUUGGUUUAUCCCUUCAUGCAGAAUCUGAGUCUUGCACAUCGUCUCAGAGAGAUCAAAGCUGGAGACCCGGUUCUUGACUGGGAGACCAGGAAGCGGAUUGCCUUAGGAGCGGCUCGUGGUUUUGAGUAUCUUCACGAACACUGCAACCCGAAGAUCAUACAUCGUGAUGUGAAAGCAGCGAACGUGCUACUAGAUGAAGAUUUUGAAGCAGUGGUUGGUGAUUUCGGUUUAGCCAAGUUAGUAGAUGUUAGAAGGACUAAUGUGACAACUCAAGUUAGAGGAACAAUGGGUCACAUUGCACCAGAGUAUCUAUCAACAGGGAAAUCAUCAGAGAGAACAGAUGUUUUCGGGUAUGGGAUUAUGCUUCUUGAGCUCGUUACAGGACAACGCGCGAUAGACUUUUCGCGUUUGGAGGAAGAAGAUGAUGUCUUGUUGCUUGACCACGUGAAGAAACUGGAAAGAGAGAAGAGAUUGGGAGCGAUUGUAGAUAAGAACUUGGAUGGGGAUUAUAUAAAAGAAGAAGUAGAGAUGAUGAUACAGGUGGCUUUGCUUUGUACACAAGGCUCGCCGGAAGACCGACCAGUGAUGUCGGAAGUUGUACGGAUGUUAGAAGGAGAAGGGCUUGCGGAGAGAUGGGAAGAGUGGCAGAACGUGGAAGUCACGAGACGUCAUGAGUUCGAGCGGUUGCAGAGGAGAUUUGAUUGGGGUGAAGAUUCAAUGCAUAACCAAGACGCCAUUGAAUUAUCAGGUGGAAGAUGACCAAACAUCAAAUCUUCAUUUUACUGUAAAGUUUCCAACUUUUUUGUUGUUUCGUUUAUCUGGUUCGGCGGCGGAAGUGUAUAAUAUGUUUUGUUUCAUUA